UAGUCAGUGUUGUAUGUCUUGUAAACUCAAUUGCUCUGCAGUCAACUCUACUUUUUACAUUUUUUGUCCCACUGAUUAGAUAUGGACUUUAUUCUGCCACCCAAUCUGCCAGAUGGUGAUAUCCCAUGGGAGAAGGUUUUACCUCCUCUUAUUCCUCGGCUCAAUGGGACUUAUGGACAAUAUAAUUGGUCUCCGAAAUUACUGAUGCCAGAGACUGACAAUAACAGCUCCGCAGAGGUUAACUGUGACAACAGUGGUUUUACAGUUCAAGUUGAUGUAAAGCACUUUAACCCAGAGGACCUAAUGGUCAAAGUAAUAGGAGACUUUGUGGAAGUGCAAGGAAAGCAUGAAGAAAAAAAGAAGGAUGGUCCAGGGGUUACAACACGGCAGUUUAGCCGCCGCUACCGAAUCCCAAAGCGAGUGGACACCAUGGCUUUGGAGUCAGCGGUCUCUCCAGAUGGCAUCCUUAUCAUAUCUGCACCGAUGCUGCAAACAGAGGACUCCAGAAUCCUGACCGAAUAACAAUUAUACCAAGCACUCAAAUCUCAACCACCUUCACUGCAUAUAACAAAAAAAGUGUAAUGUAAUCCUUUAAGAACUCACAGGCACAUGCAGAAAUAACUUCAGGCUCCUUUAUCCACAGCAACUCUCAACAUGUGCCAAAACACCCAUUUGUCCUGUUCCUGGCACUGUUCUAAUAUUCCCUACUCUCUGAGGUUUGUAUAUACUGCUCUACUAUUACUCAUCAAUCUUACAUGAUGUUUCAAGGAAC